AUGCCUCCCAAAGCCGCCUCUAACGCGUCCGGCAUUAACGCCACCGAGAACGAGAUCAAGCUCGCUCUCGCCAUUCUCAAGCUCGUACCGCGUCCCACCAGCGCUGCCGCCUACGCCAAAAUCGCCGAGGACGCCGGCUUCGCCAGCGGUGACAGCGUCCGCCACAUGGUCCGCAAGGCGGCCGAGAAGCACGACUGGUUCUCUUUGGUCACCGAGGAACUGGCCGCCGCCCCGCGCCCCAAGAAGGCAGCCACGCCCCGCAAGAAGAAGAUCGCCGAGGCCGCCGAGGAGGACGCCGAGGAGGAGGGCACCCCGACCAUGAAGCGCGCUCGCAAAGGCAAGGGCAAUGACGCCGCUGCGGCUGGCUCUGAGGAGCAGGUUAACGGUCAGAUUUGA